AUGGGUUUUCAAUUUAAAGGAUUUAUGUUCUGUUUGAUGAUUGGUUUAGCUGCAUCUCGACCACAGUACAAUUAUCAAUCAAGUUCUUCCAGUCAAUCCUUGACUUUGCCAUUAAAUCUGGGCUCGAAUGCCCAGAUUAUGCAAAUAGUCCCAUCACAACCCUUAUCACACACAUACCUUCCACCACAACAAGCUCAACCAGUGUUCCCACCAGCAGUUCCAGCUCCACAAUAUGCUCAACCCCUACAGUCUGCGGCCUCAGGACAACAGGUCUUUAAGGAUGUCUCACAAAUUCCAUUGCAACAAGGUCACAAUCAUGCAUUUUCUGGACAGUCAACAAACUCUUAUCAGAGCUUAGCGGGUCAGUCAAAUUCGUUUAGUGGACCUGUUUCAAAUGGACUCAGUGGACAGUCUCAAGGUGGAUUUAUUGGACAGUCUCAAGGAUUUUCAGGUGGUUCCAAUGGACAGUCUCAAGGCUUUUUAGGAAAUUCUCAGGGCUCUUUGGGUGGUAAAUCGCAAGGCUUUGUAGGUCAAUCAAGCUCAUUGAAUCAGCAAGCCGCCUUCCGACCACAACCAAGAACUAUUGUUACCAAAGAUAUUUUCGUGCACACUGCCCCUCCAGAUGCAGAAGAAGAACAAAGUUUAGGCAAACAACUUGAAUCAGUUCCUAUCCGGAAGAACUAUCGCAUUAUCUUCAUUAAGGCACCUACAUCGAACCUAAAUAGUGCAGCUCAAGCCUUAAAACAAGCUCAAUUUAUCAAUGAAGAAAAAACCGUCAUUUAUGUUUUGUCUAAAAAAGCUGACGUGGUUGAAUUACAAAAUCAAAUUAGCCAAAUUCAAGCUCCUCAAACUGUUAACCAGAAACCAGAGGUAUACUUUAUCAAGUACAAAACUAACGAAGAAGCUCAGAGAGCUCAACAAGAGAUUCAGGCACAAUAUGAUAAAUUGGGUGGAUCAACAAGUAUAUCGAAUGAAGGUAUCGCCCCAGUUGUUGGUGCUUUGGGUUCUUCUGGCAAUCUGUCAGCUAGUGGUAGCGGACAGUCGGCAUCGAUAAGUGCACCUGUUCGGCAAUAUCUGCCAUCGAAAAUUUUAAGUUUCAUCGCAGUUGCAUCUGCAGGACGUUUGGGAUACAACUACCAACAAGGAGUAUCUGGUAGCAAUGAUUACGCUUCAUCCGGAUCGAGUUUCAAUCCUUCUCUGGCCCUUGGUAGCGGCAGUGGGCAAGGUCUUGGAAGUGCAGGAUUUGGAGGAGCUGAUUUUGGAGGACAAGCUCAAGGAUCUGGUAUCAGUUAUGGCCUUAGCAGUGGAUCAAUUGGAUCUGGACUUGGUGGUGGAAUUGGUUUCGGAUCAUCUGGAGGUCAAUCAUUUGGAUCGGGAUCAUCAUCAAUCGGUGGUAGUGGUCUUGGAGGAUCUGGAAUCAGCUAUGGAUCAUCAUCUGGUUCAUCUGGAUCAGUUGGAGGUGGUGUCAGCUAUCAACCUGGAUCCAAUCGCGUUAUCGAUGGUGGACUCACUAAGGAAUAUUUCAUUUACUCCGCUCCAGAGGAACAAGUUCAACAAGGUCAAAACACAGAAAGUAUCGAAACCGUUAUCAAGAAGAACCUUCGUGUAAUCUUCAUCAAGGCCCCAGAAAACAGCGCUGUCCACAAUGCUGCUCUCCAAGUUGCCAAACAAGCAACUGAAGACAGAACUGCCAUUUAUGUCUUGAGCAAGGAAGCUGAUGUAUCAGAAAUCGCUAACCAAGUUCAACAAAUCAGCGAGAAUGUUCGUGCUAAGCCAGAAGUCCGUUUCAUCAAGUACAGGACAAAUGAGGAUGCUCUUAAUGCUCAACGCACCAUUCAACAACAAUACGAAGCUUUGGGUGGAACUUCACAGAGCUCAAAUGAAGGUGUUGCUCCAGUUUUGAACUUUGCUUCACCCGCAGCUGCUGGUCACCAUGCAGGACAUGCUCAUGGUUCAAGCGGUGGUUCCAAUUUGAUUGCAUCUGGUUCAUCAAUCAGCUCGUCUUCCAGUUCACCAGCUCUUAACAUUGGUUCUGCAUCAGAACAAAGUUCACAGAGCGUUAAUUUGGGCAGCAUUGGAUCAUCUUCCAACAAUGUUGCUGUCAAGUCUGAAAAUGAAUACUUGCCACCAGCUGUUAAGAAAUAA